AGAUUCGAGAAGGGAAAAAAAAGGACACGAAACCCGCUUCGACAAGCCAAGAUACUAUGGGUCUUGUACGAUGUACAGUGGGCAAUGCUAGUAGGCGUUAUAAGAAGAUUGAUUGAUUUUCAUCGAUAUUGGUGCGUAGUAUAUUGCCAUGUCAGCAUUGGCAUGGGGUCCCCAAAUCCCGCGGCAAGUCUUGGAAACUUUAAAAGCUUAAACGGGGGAAAUAAUACCCCAGACCCCAGCUCUGAAAAUCAAUGUGACUAG